AUGUCAUCACAUAAAGGUGCUUCAAUCGUCACAACUAACACAAUAAAACAAAAAAAUGAAAAAGACGCUACAAGACUUAAUUUGAAAUUUAAUGAACUUGAUGAAAUGGUGGAUUCUCAAAUCGUUUUCGAAUUUGGUGGACCAUGGGGAGUUACUGCAAUGAUGAUCGGCUUUCCCAUUCUAAUGUAUUACUUAUGGGGAUGUCUACAAUUUUAUCGCGGGAGAUUGGAGUCACCUUUUAAUGAAAAAUUAUGGACAUCGAUAAUACAAGGCUCAAUGCCAACUUUUUAUGCAGCUAAAAUCUAUAUAACAUUUUGCGUUUUUGAAUUUUUUUUGGCUUAUACUAUGCCAGGACCUAUAGUUAAGGGAGCACCUGUUUCUUCAUUGAAAGGAAAACAAUUGGAUUAUCUUUGUAAUGGAGUUUGGUCAUUUUAUGUGACCAUUUUUACAUCAUAUCUACUUCAUCAUUAUGAAUUGUUUAAAUUGACAGACAUUAUUGAUAAUUUUGGACCUUUGAUGAGUGUAGCAAUAAUUUUUGGUUUCUUGAUUACAUUUAUUAUUUAUGCUGUUACAAUAUUUCAAGGUGAGCACUAUCGUAUGUCAGGAUAUUUGAUGUAUGAUCUUUUUAUGGGAGCUGCUUUAAAUCCUAGAAUUGGAAAA